UUUCCCUUAUUUCUGCUUUCUUCCUGUGCAUUCCUUUGCUGUUUCCAUAGCGGACUACUUUCUGAUAGCUUAUUUCUGCUCUCUGAUAGCAUUUCCUUAUAUCCAUCGCAGCUUGCAGAUAGCUGCUUAUCCAAACAGCAUACCGAUCAUGGACCAUUCUGACGGAAGUCUGCCGUCUGGCAGCGGCGUGCCGUUUGUGAUCGCCCGUGACGAAAAACUCGCCGGCUACCCGUUGUGCUUUCUUGGAAUUGCCGCGCAUGUCACCGCGGAACAGAUGCGAGCCACCUUCCAGAACCUAGGCAGCGUUAAGGACUUGAUCAUUUCUAAGAACAUGGCUUCAUCGCGCAGCGGGCUGAUCGUAUUCGAAAAUCAUGACUCGGCUUUGAAGGCCAUGCAGACCGCCAACAAUAUCGGCAUUAAGUUGGCCUCGUCACAGUUUGAUCUCUUUGCUACUACACGCAUUAUUGGCGGAAAGAGCGAAACUCCUGGGUCUGCCGAGAAACCACGCUCCGGAUCUUCGUCGCCACCGAAACGACGCAAGCCGGAAUCGCCGCACUUUCUAUUGUAUUUCGAUAUCAAACCGGAUAACUAUGGGAGAUUCAAGAAAUUGGCCGAGAAGCUGGGUAAUCUGAAUCCGAAUCCAGUAGAAGUUAUGGGGCCGGAUGCCCUGAAUGGUGAAGAGGCAUUUGAAAACUGCUACGAUAAGACCGUUCCGGUGCGAAUCGAGAUGACUACACAGCAGGAUCCACCGGUUCGGGUCAACCGGAUCGUCUUUAAAGGGAUGUUUAACAAACGUCAACUGGCGAAGAACCGUUUUCGGAAUUAUUGGAAAAACAAUAAGGAGUUGGGAAAUUUCGUGAAUAUCGGCGUGAAAGAUGACCCAGCCUUCGCGAAUGCUUAACGCUUUUCCUACCUUAAGGUUCAAUGUUAGACUGUUACUUUGUAGUACGCCACGGCCAUUUGUCAGUUAACAGCAGUUUGUGUUUUAAGCUUCUUUCUCAGAAAGAUGAGCAAUUGUUUUUCCUUGGGCGUCUUUCUUGUAAUUCUAACGUUGUAGACUUGUAGUAGUGCAUUUUGACAUAUACCUUUGAUGAAAAUUAAUUUUUUACCAAAAACAACGAGAUCUGUCUCUAGACUGGGAUUAAUUACGUCGGUUUUCGUUCUUUA